CUUGGCUGAAGUCCCUCCCUCCGAGUUUGCCCCGUCAGUGCUGCUCACUCAAGUUCCUUUACACACACACGCAACCACACAAGGGAGUUUAUAGUAAACAGUGAACUUCAUAUGAAGCGGAUGACGCUGAUACAGCGCAAGAUAUUUAUUUUCUUCUACUUGAAUUCUACUUUUUAGUCACCGGUUUGAUCUGGUAAUUAAAGAGGUGGUUGCUAAGAGAUGACAGUCGGUGACAUUGGUGAAAGCCUCAGAUGUUCAGCAGUCUGAAGCUCCACUCGUCUGGGAUCUUUUUCCUGCACGCCUCAGUCUGUGCCUGGCUCAUAUGAAGGACGUGGCAAACAAUCUUCUAUCAACAAACUCAUAGUUACCAUGGCAGCUUUUACUGCUCCAUGUGCCAACACCAGUGCCAUGAACUCCAUGUUGACCCAUACCGCCUGGCAAAGCCAAGAAAGCAACGAUGAGGCAAGUACGAGUGGGAACGGGAAUGUUGGACAGAACACUAUUCUGGAGAAAACCCACGAGUUCUUCCAGAUGUGCGACAUCGAGAACAAGGGUUUCAUCACCCGACGGGACAUGCAGAGGCUGAACAGCGAGCUUCCUCUAAGUGCGGAGGAGUUGGAGAAUGUAUUUGAUACCCUUGAUUCUGAUAACAACGGAUACCUCACCCUGGAAGAGUUCUCCUCCGGCUUUAGUUCCUUUUUGUUUGGUAAUACCAUUUCUGAAGAGGAAGUCAUGGGGGAGAAGAACAGCUUGCCAGAGGUCCUGUACCAGACACACACAGAAGAGGGUCUGGCAAAAGCAGAAGAGGAUGAGGAGGAAAAACACUUUUGCAUGCUUAUGGAGAGCCUUGGAGCCAACAAUGUCUUUGAAGAUCCUGCUGAAGUGCGCAGUCUUUGGGCCCAGCUGCGCCGGGAUGAACCACACCUUUUAUCCAAUUUUGAGGACUUCCUAGGUAGAGUGACAUCCCAGAUCCGAGAGGCCAACCAGGAGAAGAGGGAGAUGGAGAGUGCUCUCAAAAGGAAAGCAGCAACACAUGAUAAUGAGAUCCAGCGACUAUAUGAGGAGAUGGAGCAGCAAAUAAAAAGUGAAAAGGAGAGAAUUGUGCUGCAGGACUAUGAGCGGUUUCUGUCUCGCAGUCAGGACCUGGAGCUGCAGCUGUCCCGUAAGGAGAAGGAGCUGGAACAACUCUUCCAGAAACAGAAAAGAUUGGAGAGUCAGUGCCAGGAACUACACAGUGAGCAGCAUGUGACCAAGGUGGAGAAUGUGAAGUUAAAGCAGACAAAUGAUGAGUUGGCACAGGAGCUGGAACACACCUCCCAGGAGCUGAUGUUGGCACAGGAGCAGCUGAGUUUACUGCAAGAGCAGUCCACGCGACUGCAUGAAGACAAAGAGAUAGAAAUAUACAGAAUAACUGAAGGCCUGCAGAGAGAGCGAGAAAGUCUCCUUAAACAACUGGACCUGCUAAGGGAGAUGAACAAACAUUUACGAGAUGAAAGAGACAUUUGCUAUCAGAAACCAAAGAAUUCUAAAACAUCGGGUUUGAAGCCCUUAAUUGGUGUCGGGAAACGCAUAAAUACAGAUGUCUUCAAAAGUGAGGAUGAGGAGGAACUAACCUCCAGCUCUAUGAGGCACCGCUUAGUCAAUGGGUCAUGUCAGCCGUUUUGUGCAGCACAACCAAGAGGCCAAGGACAUCUCCAGAGAAUCAUUUCAAUUGAGGAGGACCACCUCCCCUCCUUCCUGUAUGACUGUCAAAUCCAAACCCCACUUCAAGAAUGCAAUGGAGGAAAGAAGGUCUCAGAUAAUGAAGACAAUAUAGACUUGGUAAUGAGUGAUAUUCAUCCUCGCAUGUCUUCAGUCUCGCACCAACAAAGCAUGGAGAAAAUGGAAACCCCCUCGUCUCCAAGAGGCCAGCCUGUUGGCAAAGAGAACAGCAUGAAUGAGGAAGUUAGCACUUUAGCACCUGAACGGCUCUUCAAGAUCGUCCUGGUAGGAAAUUCUAGUGUUGGAAAGACCUGCCUCCUCCGACGAUUUUGUGAUGAGGCCUUCCACCCUGGCACCUCUGCCACUGUGGGUAUAGACUACUAA